AUGGCCCACGUCAUCGAGCAACCACCUAGUCGAUACGCAGGACACGACGCAGAAGCCUCCGUCCCAAUACGAUACAAUGCUGCAUACGAUCCUGAAGUCGUCCCUAUGCGAGGAAUGAACAAUUCAGACAGACCACCGUCUAUUGAGAUGUCGCGCACCGCUUACUCCAACGGCUUUCCCAACAGCUACGCCAAUGGUGGCUACUUCCCAGACGAUCUUCCAGAGCGUCCAGCACCACCGCCUCUAGCUACUGCCUCGUGGAAACAACGCUGGCACAAGUUCUUCGUGUUCUCGCUCUCCUCAUACAGCCUCAUUCACACACCAGACGGCAAGGUCCGCUUGAGACAUUUAGCGAUGCUUACUGUCCUCGCACUCCGGACAGGCAUGUCUGCACUCAGCAUCUUGUCUGCUGUGAUCAAGGGAAGCAUCGCUCAGAUUGUCAUCUACAGCCUUCUCACUCUGCUCGGCUUCUGGUUCACUGCGACAUGUCUGGCGAUUAUUGGUGAUGCUGAGGGUGAGAAACCGCUCUGGCGCUUCCAAAUAACUCGUCUGCACUUCGACAUCUUUCUCGGCGCAUGCGUGGUAAUUCACGCCGUAUUGGUCGUCACAUGGUUUUUCGGACUUUCUGGCUGGGGUUUAGAGUUGACCUCGAUUGGAAUGUGGCUCGCGAUACUGGGUGUUGCAUCGAUAGCUGGGUGGCAGCCAGAGUUGCCCACUUAUCAGACAUGGGCGAAAUAA